AUGCUUGAGCAGCGGAUGGACAUCAUAGCACUAAGUCUUGAUAAGCUGUUCUCUAGUCAUGCUAAUGACAAAGACGGGGAGAAAGAUUUAGACGUUGUUGAUGCUAUCCCCACAACUGAAACUGAAGUUGACGCUACUAGAGCUGAAGCUAAUGACGUUGAGGUUGUUGAUGAAACCAUCACCUCCCAUGAAGAUAAUGAAGCUGAGUUCGUUGAUGAAGCCGUCAGAGCUGAUGUUGAAGCUCAUAAUGAAGACCUUCCUUUCACCCCUUCAGCGGAUGCUGGUGAUAAGGAAAAUGAUGAUGAAGACGAUGAUAAUGAAGAUGACGAUGAUUCUUCUACCCUUCCUGACGCUGGAAAGGAUCUCGGUGGUGAUGAUGAUGAAAACGGCAAUGAUGAUGAUUUCAAGAUUCAGUACCACAAACCCACCAGCGCUCUGAAAGGAGUCUCUCUCAGAGAUUCUACAUCCUAG